GGCAUGAUAAAUGAAGGCGUUUCUGGCUCAUCGAUAGGUCAACUAUUUAAAGUCAGUCAAGGUCAGACUCAUGUGGAUGUGAUUAAAGUGAAAAACAAAUAGUCUCUUUUCAUUUCUCUUGUUGUUUGUCUAGUGCCAUGUCUGGUCAUAAUGUUAGUGGUUUAUUGGAUUACGAAAUGAAUCCUGUUACAGCGCAGUAUAUUUUAUUUACUUCGUUGCAAAAACUUGAUCAAGCUAAACGUUCUCGAGGAGGUAUUAGACUGCGUCAUAGUCUUAUGAUCACUGUAACCGCACUAAAAGCAAAACAACUUUUAUGGGGUCAAAAUCAAUCAAUUCACGAUAAUGAAUACAUGUCAAAACCCAAUCUACAUGACGAAGAAUAUGAGGCUGUUCACUUAUCAUGUCACGUGUAUGAUCAGCCAGUUUCAAAUCAAGAACUAAGUGAACUCUCCUAUCUCCACGACCCAAGUGAACCUUUCUUCCCUCCACCAAUAGAUGAAAUGAAUGAAAUCGAUAACACUCCAUCCAAACGAUUACGCCUAGAUUAUACAUUCUCUUCAUCACCUUCAUCAGUACCAUCAUACAAUGAGCCCUAUCUAGUCAGUAUUAAAUAA